UAUGCACGAGACUGGUAGAACUUCAGAAGCACUGUAACUUCCUUUCUGCACUGCGUUAAAAGGCGGGGGGAAACAGCUGCCCUCUAAACCGCAUAAUUGGAAAAACGUCAUUUUUUAUAAUACCGGAAAAGUAUGUUUUAAUAUCUGUCAGUGUUUUUAGAAUCUACACGGCAUUCGAACUCUCAUCUGGAAACUCAUUUUAUUCUCUCUUUUCAACAUGACAUUGAAAUGUGAGUUUUUGAUGCACCUGCUCCUGUUUUGGGUUGGUUCCGAUACUGGCGCAUCUGACGCUGUUUGGAGAAGUGCGCGCCACAGCGACCUACUGGACGUCCCGACGGACGCGCUCACUGCCACAGACGCGCUCACGCAACAUAUGUUUAAACUGUACGAGAAGUACAACAUUAAACUUAAUAGACCCAAAGACGGAAAUACUGUUAGAAGCUUUAAAGCAAAACCCGAGAAUGUGGAGCAAAGAGUCUUGUACCGGCUGAAUCUAACUUCCCUUCAGGAGUCUGAGGAGAUUCUCACAUCCACAUUUCAAUUCUUUUUCGACAAACGGCCACGACAGAGAUCCUGGUUCUGCAAGCGCUUCAAGAACCCUUCUUGUCGCAUCCAGAACUUCCCUCAGCUACCGUCUUUUUGUCUUCUUUUCUGGUCUCCCUCCUCGGGAUCACUACUCGGAAACAUCACUGUCGUUCCUCAUAGACGUGGGACCUGGCAGACCAAGGAUGUGUCUGUCAUUAUAAAGGAGGCCCGAGAUAAAAAUCACCUUUUGAUCACAGUGGAGUUGGACUAUGGCGAGAAGUACCAAAGGUAUCAGGACCAGCUCUCACCCUCCAGCCUUCCGUACUUGCUGGUGUAUGCUAAUGAUAUGGCCAUAUCAGAGCCCAACAGCGUGGCCAUGAGCCUACAGAGAUACGACCCUUUACUUGCCGACCAGCACCCAACUCAAACUCCAGAUAAUUCACCUGACACACGUGUGAAGCGGGAACUGAGUUUGGACUUCCUUUAUCCCACUGAGAACAAUGAGCUCCCAGAGGUGGAGUACAACAGCUUCAAAAAGCAUGAUAUGUGGGAAAGUGCUUACUUUGCACUCAAGCCAAAGCCCUUCAAAAAAGAGCAUCAGAGGAAAGGCCAGGAGCACACUGAUGGAUUCACCAAAUCUCAGGUUCUCAAGUUUGAUGAGAAAACCAUGAAGAAGGCUCGGAGGAGACAGUGGAAAGAGCCUCGCAGCUGUUCCAGAAGAUAUCUGAAGGUGGAUUUUGCAGAUAUCGGAUGGAAUGAAUGGAUCUUGUACCCCAAGUCUUUUGAUGCCUACUACUGCGCAGGAACAUGUGAAUUCCCCAUACCAAAGGUGGUCCGCCCGUCCAACCAUGCAACCAUACAGAGCAUAGUCAAGGCAGUCGGUAUAGUUCCAGGGAUCCCAGAGCCCUGCUGUGUCCCAGAGAAGAUGAAACCUCUCAGUGUACUAUUUCUAGAUGAGAGUAAAAACAUUGUAUUGAAGAUCUACCCAAACAUGUCUGUGGAGACAUGUGCUUGUAGAUAGACUCAAAGGAACGAUCACAGGGAAAGAGCAAUGAAUGGACAUUGUUGUGGUUUUGACACCAGAAUUUACCAUGAAGAGGCAUAUUGUCUAUAGUUUGCACUUUUUAGAAAGUGCACUCAGUAAGGUUAAGUUUUUAAAUACUGCAUCUCAUCUUUUUGCUUAAACGUCCAAUUUUCUGAGAUACUUCCAUUUCCUCUGUUGAUGCACAAGGGAUCUGUUGUAAACCUUUUCAUUGUACUAGAUGAUUAACAUGAGCACUUACGCUUAUAAAAUGUCAGCUUUGCUGUCAUUGCCAUGACAUAAAUAUCUGUUGGACUCUUAUCAUUGUAGAUUAUUGGAUGUACAACAAGUGUUAUAGCAUACUGAAUAUAACAUAAACCUUUCAUUUUGGCCUAAUUAUUCAAUUACAAUUAAGAAUUUUAACUAUUCUUAUGAAUGUUGGGUAUAGUCACAGUUUAAGGUGACACUACAAUAUCUGGUGGGAAUUAUUUUAAAUCAAAGUAAAAUCAAAGUAAUGCUUGAUAUUUGGGUCAUUUAAAAACAAAAGUAAUGCAGCGCAUAUGAAAAAGGUGAACUCUUUAAUCUUUUUCAUCAAGCAUUUACAAAAUCUAUUAGCAUGACUACAAAGCAGUCUGGUAGUUCAAUUAAAAAACUUAGUUUUGAAACAAAACUAUCUUUGAACAAAAAAUAAGAAGCAAAAAGAUAACAAUAAAUUUGGGGAAAUUCCCAAAUGGUGCAAAAAAACAUCUUGCAGCUAAUAGUCACUGAUGGUUAGUGUGUUUGUUAUAGUUUAAGAGACAUUUCACUUGGUUUCUUUGAUCUCUCAGUGAGUGAUAGUGAAUAGACUUUUAUUGUAUUCUGACACAUUUUAACAUGAUCAUGUUGGAUUGGUGCCUUGAGCAAGGUGUACUGGGCCAAGUGUGUCAGUUUGUAUUGAAAUUGUUGACUAUAUUAUAUUUUAGAGAAUGUAUUUUUGUAAAUGUGUUUUUAAAUUAUGAAAACUCGCCUUAUAUGUAGAAUAAAAUAUAUAAUGAA